UGUGGGGGUGUUUGAUAGCAACUAGCAAGUUGGAAGUGGUGGGCGGGAAUAGCCAUAUGUUCUGUGGCACCAGUCUUGACGUGUCAUAUCUAUUCUCCAUUCUAUUCUACUAUUAAAUUCCCAAAUCUCACUCUUUCCGGUCACCACCGCAUUUCUCUUCCCGUCGUCGUCGUCAACGCCGUGUCCACCGGGUAAAGAGGUUUUUUCGAGUUUGUGGACGAGCUUUAAUGUACUACAGAAGCAGCAAUAUUGCGUCUAGGAUUUUCGAUAGACAAAUUUGCACUCCUGCUCCUGGCACUAAUGUUCAUCAUGUCCGGCGAUUCUAUGAAAAUUUGGUGCCUAGUUACACAGUAUAUGAGGUUGAGUUCCCUGACCAUUCAUUUCGUAAAAUCACAGAUGAUGGUCAGUACCUUAUAAGUUUCAGCAGAAAUCAUCAGGAGUUGAUUGUUUAUAGACCUAGAUGGCUUUCUUUUUCAUGCACUGACGAAGAUUGUGAUAAACAUGAUUUGCCGGCAAAAGCGAGGAGAUUUGACAGUUUUUUCACCCAAUUAUAUUGUGUACCACUUGUUUCUUGUAAUGAACUUAUCUGUAAAGAUUUCUUUCUUUACAUGGAGAGUAAUAAAUUUGGACUGUUUGCUACUUCUACGGCUCAAAUUCAUGAUGCACCCGCUGUUGGAGGAGCUGUUCAGGGUGUUCCGUCAAUAGAAAAAAUAACUUUUCAUCUUUUGAGAAUGGAAGAUGGAGAGAUCCUGGAUAAGAAGGUCUUCAGUAAUGACUUUGUCAAUUUGACUCAUAAUAUGGGUGUCUUCUUGUAUGAUGAUCUAUUGGCAAUUGUAUCACUUCGCUAUCAAAUUAUACACAUUCUUCAGAUUAGGGACUCUGGGAACCUUGUUCAUGUGCGUGCUAUUGGGGAGUUCUGCCGUGAAGAUGACGAACUUUUUCUAAAUUCAAAUGCUCAGGGCAUGGCAUUGUCUAACAGAAAUAAACAGCACCAAGUACCAGAGAACCAUGUAGAAAAUCACAUACAUCAAGGGCAGCCUAAUAUGGGGAAUUCUUUUUUAAGUGGUAUAAAGCAGCGAUUGCUUUCAUUCAUAUUCCAGGGAUUAUGGAAUGAAGAAACAGAUGAUACAUUGAGGAUCCAAAGACUAAGGAACAAGUUUUACUUCCAUUUUCAAGAUUACGUUGAUUUAAUUAUCUGGAAGGUGCAGUUUUUGGACCGACACCACUUGCUGAUCAAGUUUGGCAGUGUGGAUGGAGGGCCUCAGGUGUCAAGAAAUGCUGAUCACCACCCAGCUUUUGUUGCUGUAUACAACAUGGAUACAACUGAAAUUGUAUCUUUUUAUCAGAAUUCAGCAGACGAGCUUUAUCUGUUGUUUGAGAAGUUUUGUGAUCACUUUCAUGUAACCUCAAGGAAUUUAAUGUAUAUGAAUUUCAUAUCUUCUCAUUCAAAUAAUAUCCAUGCACUGGAACAGCUACGGAGCAUAAAGGAUAAAGCAAGCAACUCUUCACAGUUUGUGAAGAAGAUGCUCGCCUCUUUGCCUUUUAGCUGUCAAUCACAGAGUCCUUCUCCUUAUUUCGACCAAUCUCUUUUCCGGUUUGAUGAUAAGCUAAUUUCUGCAACUGAUCGGCAUAGGCAGUCAACUGACCAUCCAAUCAAGUUCAUUUUAAGGAAUUCUCCACACACACUCAAAUUUAAGAUUAAACCAGGUCCUGAAGCUGGUAGUAUGGAUGGUCGUGCAAAAAAGAUCUCUUCGUUUCUUUUUCAUCCAUUUUUGCCCUUUGCUCUCUCUAUUCAGCAGACUAUGUUCUUGCAGCCUUCGGUUGUAAAUAUUCACUUUCGAAGAUGAGUUUUCCCUCCACUGUAAACUGUUUUCACUGAAUCUAGAGGAGUCGAUACACAUCGAAUGUCAAUUCAUGUUCGUUUUUUUUUUAUAAAGAAUUCCUCUAAUGUAGUUUUAGUGAAUUUUAUUGAAGCAAAUAUAAAUUAAUUACUGAAAAUUUUGUCAUUUAAUAAAGAACGUAGCUUCCAUAAAGUUCUUAUGUCUGUUUGUACUGUUAUCCAACAAAAUAAAUAACACCGGGAUUAGUUAGCAUGGUAACAAUUCCAUGACUUCCCUCUUCCCGUCUGUGUAUCAAUGCUAUCUGUUUGCACGCCCCUGCAACCAAAGUCGGGCAACUUAACCUAUGUUUCGUCCAGCGAAAACUAACUGCAAGCGGGGAAACAUGUCAAAAAUGUAAAAUUGGUGAAUUACAUGCACCAUUUAUGUUUCUCCCUUCACUGUCAGAGACUUUGUGUCGACUGCAGAAUCGUGCUCAUACUCUAAUCAAGAGACCUCAACCACAGUGAUGAGUGACUGCUCCAUGAUGUGGCCUCCAAAACGAUCCAAGCCGCAUAGAUUGCAUGAAGUUUCUUUAUGAGAAGCACAUAUCUGAAAGGAAAAAAAUAAAAUAAAGGACUAGUUGGUUUAUCUAGGGUUGAUAGUUUUCAAUCCCUUUCUAUGCAAUGGUAGCCUCAACCUGAGAGGCUUUGUAUGCAUUCCAUUGCAAGUCAAAUCGUGAUAGAAAUUCCACCAACUUUCACAUGAAUUUUCAGUUUUUCAAACCAUACCAUCUUUAAGGGAACCAUUCUUAUGAAUUUCAAACUAUAACUACUUUUGUAAUAAUCUUUCAAGAGUUCCGAGUAGCAUUUGAAAUUUCAGAAAUACAAUGACUACUUUUCUUCACAUGAGACAGUUUACUUUUGGUCGAAGUAUGAAGAUGUGGAAAAAGGGAAUUACUAUGAAUUGCAAAUGGUCUACAAUCUACACUAUGCUCUAUAAUAUAUUCCUAUACUUGAGGCAUAGAUUUCUACGUACUGAUGAAGAGGUCUUCAGUCUAAAAUUCCCCUUCAAAAUCUACCAUUAGAAUUGGAAUGAAAGAAACAAUUUAAUUGACUGCUACCAUAACAGUAAGAGCUUCUGAAAAGCUAGUUUUAGAUUUACUUGCUUGUCUAUGGUGAUGAUAUGUUUAUGUUGGAUUGAAACCUGACCACUUCAUUUGCAUGGAGCCGCUCUUCCUCCAAGGGCCUAUAUGCAUUUUCUUCCCCUUCAUUGAUUUCUUCAGUCACAUUGAUUUCUUCAGUCACAGUUAAGUACCUGGCUGCCCAACAUUAAAAUCUGACUAACACGAUACAAGUUUCUGGUAUUCUUCACAUGCGUUCCUUCAAUUUCAAUUCAAUUAGAAAUCAAAACCACUUUGAUAUACUCGUGAGAGCCUAAAAUUUGAAGUAUUAAGUAAAUUAACUGUUCC